GAAGCAGCCGCCGGCCUGUCCGCUUCGGUUCCGCUCGGCUCGGCUCGGCUCGGCUCGGCUCGGCGGGCUCCCGCGGCGGGGCUGAGGCGGGCGGGCGCCGCCAUGGUUUAAAGGGCGGCGGGCGGACGCGAACGGGCAGGAGCCAUGAACCUGCUCCCGGCCAACCCGCACGGCAAUGGGCUGCUCUACGCCGGCUUCAACCAGGACCACGGAUGCUUUGCAUGUGGAAUGGAAAAUGGAUUCAGAGUAUAUAAUGCAGAUCCCCUCAAAGAAAAAGAGAAACAAGAAUUCCUAGAAGGUGGCGUUGGCCACGUUGAGAUGUUGUUUCGUUGCAACUAUUUAGCACUGGUAGGUGGAGGAAAAAAGCCCAAGUACCCCCCUAACAAAGUAAUGAUCUGGGAUGACCUGAAGAAGAAAACUGUCAUUGAGAUAGAGUUUUCAACAGAAGUCAAAGCCGUUAAGCUGCGAAGAGACAGGAUUGUGGUAGUCUUGGACUCGAUGAUCAAAGUUUUCACGUUCACACACAAUCCCCACCAGCUGCACGUCUUUGAAACCUGCUACAACCCUAAAGGUCUCUGUGUCCUCUGUCCGAAUAGUAAUAAUUCUCUCCUUGCAUUUCCUGGAACACACACUGGGCACGUGCAGAUAGUGGAUCUUGCCAAUACAGAAAAGCCUCCUGUAGACAUACCAGCCCAUGAAGGAGUCUUGAGCUGCAUCGCUUUGAACCUGCAGGGAACAAGGAUUGCAACAGCAUCAGAAAAAGGGACCCUCAUAAGAAUAUUUGAUACUUCAUCAGGGCAUUUAAUCCAGGAGCUACGCAGAGGAUCACAGGCAGCCAACAUCUACUGUAUUAACUUCAAUCAGGAUGCUUCCCUGAUCUGCGUGUCCAGCGACCACGGCACAGUGCACAUCUUUGCUGCAGAGGACCCCAAAAGAAAUAAGCAGUCAAGUUUGGCCUCUGCCACCUUUCUCCCCAAAUACUUCAGUUCCAAAUGGAGUUUUUCCAAAUUUCAGGUUCCCUCAGGCUCUCCAUGCAUCUGUGCCUUUGGAACAGAGCCAAACGCUGUCCUAGCAAUAUGCGCAGAUGGCAGCUACUACAAGUUCUUGUUCAACCAAAAAGGGGAAUGCUCAAGGGAUGUCUAUGCUCAGUUUCUAGAAAUGACUGAUGACAAGCUCUGAUGGGGCUGAGGGGAGUGCACGGGUCAAAGCACUGCCCUGGCUAUUCCACACCUUUGGAAGGACAGUAUACGAGUGGCCAGUACUGAUCAAGAAGUCUAGCAGACCUUACUAAGAAGCCUGGCCGAGCACAAUCACAGGAGGCUCUGAAGUAGUGGACUACGUAUGUUUUUUCUCAUUUCUGCAAGUAUUCAUCAUUAAAAUCUCUUUGGGUUACUGUCAUCAA